AGUGUGUAAUUAUACUUGUUCCGUUUGAAAUGUGUACAUUCGAGAAACUGCUUACACAAAUGUGAAUGUGGAGGAUGUGCGGAUGAGGAGAAUGUGUUGACUUGGGCUCCUCGUGGUUCCUGUUUUCCCAUUGGUUGCAGAAACUCGUUUACAUUUAGCUGCAGAAACCUGUUGGAACAUUCACCAGAGAGAUAAGAGGAAGCUCCAAGAACCUUCGGGGACUUUAGACCUGUGCCCGUCUCCCUGAGGCCGUCUGGGCCCCAUGUGACGUAAAGGAUCGCCGAUGCGGCUUGCUGAUGAACUCCUUCUUGUCAAGUCCGUUCUUGUUUUGCAUGAAAUGUCUUCGUUACCAGGAAUGGUCCCGCAGAUGAUGCGCCCGGGACCCAGACAGGACUACCAGCGCACUGGACUCCCGCUGGAAGCGGUAUCCACUGCUCUCGGGCAGGGACGGGUCAACCAGCUGGGAGGUGUUUUCAUCAACGGCCGGCCUCUACCAAACCACAUCCGGCACAAGAUAGUGGAGAUGGCCCACCAAGGGGUCCGUCCCUGUGUCAUCUCCCGGCAGCUGCGCGUCUCUCACGGCUGCGUCUCUAAGAUCCUCUGCCGGUUUCAGGAAACGGGUUCAAUCCGACCAGGAGCCAUCGGUGGCAGCAAGUCCAGGCAGUUAUCUACGUCGGACGUGGAGACGCGAAUAGAGGAGUACAAGCACGACAACCCCGGGAUGUUCAGCUGGGAAAUACGGGACAAGCUGCUGAAAGACGGAGUGUGUGACAGAGGCACAGUCCCUUCAGUGAGUUCGAUCAGCCGCGUGCUUCGAAAUCGAUUCGGGAGAAAGGAUGAGGACGAAUGUGACAAAAAGGACGAAGAGGCAGAAAAAAGGAACAAACACAGCAUAGACGGCAUCCUGGGCGGCAAAGGAAGCCAAAUGGAAGAAGUGUCAGAUGUAGAAUCGGAGCCUGAUCUCCCUCUGAAAAGGAAGAAGCGCCGAAGUCGGACCACCUUCACAGCAGAGCAGCUCGAGGAGUUAGAAAAGGCUUUUGAAAGAACACACUAUCCUGACAUUUAUACCAGAGAGGAACUGGCCCAGCGGACCAGGCUGACUGAGGCCAGGGUUCAGGUGUGGUUUAGCAAUCGCAGAGCCAGGUGGCGCAAGCAAGCAGGAGCCAGUCAACUAGCAGCAUUCAACAACCUCUUGCCCAAUGGAUUUUCUUCAACAGGGGUGUCAACAUUUUCCACAUAUCAGCUUUCAGAAUCAGGCUACUCCUCUCUGUCCCACGAGAAUGACGACACGAUUCAUCGUCCACAACCACUUCCUCCAUCCACUGUGCACCAAAUCGGUUUGUCCAAUGCAGACAGCGGUCCUGCCUAUGCUCUUUCCUCCAACUGCAAUGGGUUCUCCAGUUAUUCUGAUUCGUUUUUGAGCUCUGCAGCUCAGAGCAAUCCCAGCAAUCCCGUCAACAGUGGACUUUCACAACAAGUUAUGAGCAUCAUGAGUAAUUCAUGCCGUGUUUCCUCGAAGCCACACCAUGACUUCCCCCUGUCACCUCGCCCAAGGUCUUUGGACUCUUCUUUAUCCAAUAUUAUGGCCGCCAACGGCAGUCAACAGUCAGCUGAGGUCUCUGUGAAGAUGGCGGAGAGCUUUCAUUCAUCUGAAUCUUACUCCCCAACCACAUACGGCACCACCAGCUACAGCAUGGACCCAGUUGUGACAGCUGCCAGCUACCAGUACAGUCAGUAUGGUCAGACUGCUGUGGAUUACUUGGCAAAGAACAUUAGCCUCUUCAGUCAGCACAAGAUGAAGCUGACCAAUCACUCAGCUGUGCUGGGAAUGCUGCAUGUCAGUACCGGCCAGGCCUACUAGUACUUUAAACAAACGGCAGCAAACCUAACCACCAGCAGCCCCUACGACUCCUGCUGCAACACAAAAGUCACACGGAGGUUUCCCACCAAUGCCAGUGUUGUUUUUUCCUGCAGACUAAGAGCCACAACACCUCUUGAAAUAUCUCUUCCAGUAAAUGUUUGGUACUUGAUUUGGAGAGUUUAGACUCUCCGUGGUGGUUCACCAAUGCAGCUCCACUGUUCUACAUUUGUAUUAAAUGGCCAUGUUUGUCUUGUUUGGUCUUUUAGGGAAAUGUAAAUGUUGCAAACUGUGAUUGUUUUGAAAACAUGCUAUUCUUUUGGGACAUAGUGACCAACAUUCACAUGAAAUAACAGCAGGAAGGAAAGAGACAGUGAGCUGGAGUUAUUCCAGAGUUUAUUCAUCUUUCUCUUAAGUCGCACACCUUAACCAUUAAGCAAACUCAGUGGAAUCAAAAUGAGUAACAUUAAUAUUCAUUUGCUUCACGUAUAUGUUAAAUGUGAAGAAAUUUAAAAUUCUGUGCCAGUAUUUCCAUUAUGUGAUUAAAGAUUUUUUUUUAUUAUUUAAAUGUUUUAUUUCUUAAGUUUGUGCGGUCAUUAGCAAGAACCAUCUCUAAAUGUACUGUAUACUAAAAUUAAUCUCUUUAAAAGAAUCUCUAAUUUAUUUAAUAUUUGAAUGAUAGCAAAAACAAAUAAUACAGGUUUUGUCCAAAUGGAUCUAAAUUCUGACAAUAAAGAGAUGUAUUCCAGAGAAAACGUU